UCGAGGCAAUCAAUUCAAUUCAUUUCAAACAUUCCAUUCUACGUUUUUGUUAUUGGAAUCGAUUAUAUCUACUUCUCCAAACCAUUCGACGGCGCCAGUAUAAGGUAUGCAUACAGAUACAGAUAUAGAUAUCAGGGUAUUCCCCUGUUAGAUUCCAGCAGAAAAAUUACAGCAAUUCGAAGUUGAAUACGAUUUCAUGAUGGCCAAUAGUAUUUCGACUAUAUCAACUAACACAAUUCGCUAUUUCUUCCAGGGAUAUGAAUCUAAAAGAGUUCCCAAUUCCAUACAACUAACGUCAUACGACGUCCUAAUGCUCGUCCUAAUGUCAAUAUACGAUUUUUUUAGGUACAUCUUUGGUGGGUAUAGUGAGUUUAUGCGAUCUCAUGAGUUGGGGCAAUCACAGAGAAGCAUCAUUCAAAGCUGAUUACAGGAUGAAAAUAUGAACCCAAAAACAUAAUAUAAACAAGUAUUAACAUGUUUUACGUUUCUAUUGAAAUUUUGCAAAGCAUCGAUAUCGCUCUCAAGUAAGAGUUUUUUGUACUAUGAUGUUUCAGGAUAGGUGAGAAAAAAAAAAAAAAUUUCAAUUUUUCGAACACCCGAAUUUCGUCACCGGUUUUUAAAAAAUAAAAAAUUGUAGCGCGCAACUAUAUUUUCAACAGCCUAUUAUAUCUAGAUCUGUAGAUGGUAUCGGACUUUGAUACUAGGUAAAUUUGUUCGUCUUGAACCACUACUUUUCGAUGUAUAUUUUAUCGAUUGUCCACGAAUUUUUCGAAGUCAGUUUCGAGAAUUCAAAAAUCAAAAAACUGAAUUUUCGUAAAGUAUGGCAUUUUUGAGUGCUUUCAAAAAACUCUCAAGACAUCUUCUCACCGAGCCUGAAUUUUUGAGGUCAUCCGGAUCACGGGCCGAAUUGUUUACGAUUUUCGGCAGAAUGUUUGAUUUCAAUUUCUCAGAAAUCUUCUCAUGGAGCCGAAGAGAGGUGUUGUGCGCUGAAGUGGGAUGAAAUGUCCCUGAUGGAACGGGAGGAGUAUGACGUGAAGACCGAUGUCAUCGAAGGCUUUGAAGACCUUAGACCUCUGGGUAGAACUGAGCGACGCGCCAAUCACGCCUUUGUACUCUGCUUGAACGGACUGCAUGCGGGCAACCAAUGGCGAACGAUGUUGGCGUAUUUUCUGCCAUGCAACAACGUGUCGGGCUCAGACAUUUUUCGAUUGGUGAGGCAAUGCAUCGGCUAAAUCAAUGACGCCGGAGCUGACCUCAAGAUGACAGUCUGUGACCAGGGAACGAGUAACGGCAAAGCUUAUCCCGAAUUAAGAGUAAGCGAAGACCAGCCUUACUUCUUCCACGAAAGGAAAAAAAUCAUCGCGCUCUUCGACUUUCCGCACGCGGUAAAAAACGUUCUAGGAUUGUUCCGUAAGUGGGGUAAGAUCACUGCAGAAGAUAAGGUUGCUGUUCAUUCCGAUUUUAUUAACAAAUUCCGUAGCGAUCUCGGAUGCGCAACGUCUAAUCUUUGAAGUUAUAUCACGGAAGCUCACAUGUGGGCUAACGCUUUAGAAUGUAUGAAAUCCCGAGCUUUCCAGGUUUUCAGCAAGUGAUUCGCUUCUGUGAUGGAAUUGGCGCGUCAUUCGGAAGCUGUGAGAUCGGAAACAAUUUCUUACACCGCAAGAUUUUGCGGAAGUAUGGACGAAAUCAUAGAUGCUUGCAACAGUUCGGGUAUCUACAAUGUGAACCCCGCAAAGAGGCCUUUGAGCGAGGAGGAUGUGCGCUAAGGGCAGAUGAAAGCGACCUGCAUCAUUCGUAGGAAUAGUGUGAACAGUUCGCGGUAUCCUUAUGCUUUAUCGCUAGCUGCGAGAGCAGUUCCGAGGAUACAAGUUAUGUACAGCAUUAUGUAAUCAAGAUUCGGUGGAACGACUGUUUUCCAGAUUCCGAGGACGUGGUGGCUUUCAUCCAAACUCAACGUGCAGAAUGUUCCGACUCACCGCACGUCACUUGAUAUCGGUCGGCAACAUUGUUUCCUCGAGGUGGGGUAAUGUCAUCUGCGCUGACCUGCUAUACUUGGCUGUUGCGACUCCGACCGAAGAACCGCAGCUCGCCGGUGAUCUUACGAAACGGCAAUACGAAGCCGGUGUAAGUGCCGUCGAAUUCUUCGAAGAUGGGGAAUUCGCACCAGUUGUUGACGACGAAAACGACGAACCUCUCGAUACACGGAGCGAAAGCGACAGUGACGUUGAGGACGAUGACGAACUCGACUUGGCGACGAGGUUACGCAUGUUCCAACCCACCGCAGCUCCUGUGAGACCAGGAUCGUACGAGGCUAACGCUAUGGCCUUCUUCGCUGGCUAUACGGUGAACAAGUUGUCCAAGCUGCACCCUUGUGACCGAUGUCGAGAUAUGAUGGCCAAAAAGGUAUCCGAUAAGGUCAAUUCUAAUGAAAGGUAUACGGUAUGCCGAGAAUACGUAAGUGAUGACACGUAUCUAGUUACGUCAUCAAAAAGACCAACUGGCAGGUACUAUAGGAUUGUCGUAGUUCAACUACAGUCUUUUCUUCCAGUAUUCAUCCAGCGUAAACACAAGGAUGGCAUACUGAAGGAGCUCGUUGCUCACGCAAUUGCUGCAACGACCAAAAUUGACCCGCAGUGGUUCGACGAAUCUAAUUCGUGCAACGGCCAUAGGAUCUUCGCUGUACAAUUCAUGUUGAGGGUUAAACUUCAACGUCAUUGCUAGCUUAACAACAGGGCUGCCACAUCAAAGAGCCAAGAGAAGCGUCGUGCAACCGCGACGAAACGAAAUGCUCUCAAGCCAGCCAGGAGGAUGCGAAAUAUCCUCCAUACCUAAGGUUGAUGAGAACUCUUGGCACUUUUGUCGAGUACACGAAGCCGAUGGUAGUACGUACAGGUGAUGCAGAUACUUGUUACGUAAUUCAAAUAACUCUGUUGAUUACAGCUUGUUCAGACAGCAUUGACAUUUUUUAUGUUCACGUUGCAAAUGAUGAAAUAUUGACGGGCGGAGUAAAUAUUUUACACAAUAGUACCAUAGCAUUACAUGGAGAACCAUGAUAAAUACGAAGUGCCUUUGGGUUUUCUAGGUUAUGUGAGAUAAACGUGUUCUAAAAAAAUACCGUGGAGUCGCCAUUUUUUUGCAAUUGAUUACGUGAUAUCGGUAUAUUAUUAAUAUGAACGUAUUCUUAUAUUAUUAUUAUUACAUAAUUAUAUAUCAAUACGAACAUAUUAAUAACUUACUACUAUUACAUAAUUAAAUGUAUGUGAAAAGGGAACGUUGAAUUCAUAGCCGUCCCGAUCUUACCGAGAGUUCAGGGUGAGCUGCUCGUGCAGUUAUAUUGCAGGGAUUAACACCCACGUGUAAAAUAGAGCUGUAAAUUCGGCAGAAGUUCUCGAGCGACUUCGCGGUAUGAAAAAGUUGGUCGACUUACACUUUCUUGAUAAGAAAGCAUUUAAUGUGAUAACGAUCCAUUUGGAGUAAUCCAAAUGUUGAACUCCCUGUAGUAUGGCUAUUCUGUUAGGAAUAGUUCUCCCUGUUCUCUCAGGUAGGAUUGGGACAUUGUUGACCGACGCACGUUGAUCUCAUGUUCUUGUGAUCGGUUUAUUAGACCGUUCACUGUAACAAUGGUUCUCAGUAUUUGGUUGGUCUACCGUCAUCCUGUACCUUGAAGAGUUUUCGCAUGUCGAAAGCGCAAAAACGGGUGAAGUGGACUCCAUUUCACUCCAGUCUCCUCCAUGAAAUUUCUGAUACAAUUGUUCAUGUUUUUUUCCUCCGAACUAGUAAACAGAUUGUGGGUUCAAUCGAUUCGUGUUUGCCUUUGAUCUGGCGACACUUAUAAAGUGUCGGACAAUCGUAAAUGUGUAUCGAGUGUAGCGUAACGCUUACUAUCCAAUCUAGAAUUUAAUGGGAUACAAAGUACUUUGAUGGAUGCAAAUCCCAGUCUAACGGCAGAACUUCGUUCCCCAAUAUCGAUGCAAUGAUUAUAAAACAUGCGAUUAUUACUAAUUCAAAGUUUCGACUCUCAGAUUCGGCGAACUGGCGUUCAUCGUCGCUGCCCGACGAAAUCGAUGGACCCUAUUGUAUUACACUUACAAGUAGAAUCUCUUAUUAAUCGAAAUAUCACUUGUUGUCUGUAUUUAUAUUUCAGGAUUCGUCGCUUCAAUAAAAUAAUUUUGGAUUUUAAAAUUGAUCUGUGGCCUUUUUGUAUCCAACUCCGAUUUAAUUCCAAUCAUUAAAUGUACC